GCUUAUCAAUUUCAAUUGCCAAUCUUCACAGACAAGCGUUUUAAACUCGAGAAGUAAUAAAACUAAGACUGCCUACGAAUCAUAUUGAACUUAUUUAUGCUACGAAUAACGAUACUUAAAUUAAAUUAUAGAAAAAAGAUAUUAAGCUAAAAAUUUAAACAACUAAUUAUUAUUUAUAUCACAUUGUAAAUAACACUCGCACACAUCUGUUAGUUUAUAUACUAAAAUAACUUUUUAAUUUGCAUUGUUAACUGUAGUCAAAAUGUUAAGACCCAAAGUGCUGUCCCAAGUUUUAAGUCAAGCUAAUAGCAACGGUGUUGAAAACACCAUGCUAUUGACACACGAUGGAAGCUUAUUGGCUUUUAGUGGUUAUGGCGAUAGAGAUUCAAGCAUCACAGCUAUAAUUGCAGCUAAUUUGUGGAAUACUUAUCAUAAGAAUGGUUUAGCCACAUUGAAAGAGGAUCAAUUGCAACUGGUUCUCAUGGACUGUACGGAAGGCAGAAUUGCGAUUAAACAAGUUGCUAACAUUUUAUUAUGUUUGUAUGCAAAUCGAUCAGUGGAAUUUGGUUUACUUAAAGAAAAAAUAACAGCUUUAUCCUCAUAUUUAGAUGGUCCACUCAGACAAAUUUCAGCAUCUUAAUACGAGAAAUUCAGCAAUUAUCAAAUAUAAAUAUUAUGCUUUAAUUGUUUUAUAAUUUGUAAUCAUCACUAAUAUAAAUAUAUAUUAUAUUCAUAAAGUA